GCGUUUCUAUCGAUCAAUAUUUCUGUAUCAAAUACUUUCAGGAUAGUUUCCUCGUAUAGUUUCUUCGAGAAAGUUCACUUUUAAAAAUAAUCUUACACGUAUGUCGAGUUCAACGUGAAAAAGAAAUAAAUAUCCAACAUGAAGACAAUAAUUUUGAUCGGAAUAUUUUCACUUUUAUUUCAAAUAUCUACCCAAUUUUUGACCACAUCCGAAGAAACCAGCGACGAUAAAAGCGACUCGAGCUAUGGCAGUAGCUACAGCGGCAGCAGCAGCGGCAGUAGCAGCAGUAGCAGUAGCAGUAGCAGUAGUAGCAGUAGCGAGGAAGGGCCGCUUAAACUCAACAUCGUAGAACUCGAGAAGAUGGACGGAGAGCAAAGAAAACACUUCGUGAAAAAAUUCCUCCUCCAUUUAAUGUCCGUUGCAGAACUGCAAGCUGAAGAACGACUCAUUACCAACGCAAUGCGUCAUUAUCUGCCACAAAUAUUCAAAGCCAAAGAGAACCAUACCAGCACGUGGAAAAAAUUACUCCAUACUGUAUGCGAAGGUGAAAAAGUACUGCGACAAAUAUUAGUGCAGAAGAAAAAUUUGACUAAAUCCGAUAACAAAUCCGAAGAACCGAAAAUUCUGCAAUAUUUCGAAAACGCUUGGGAUAGAAUUGAAAAGAAGAGAUUCAACGAAGCCAUGUCCGUGUUCCAAAAAAUCAGCGAUCAAAUCACCAAUCUUGGCCAAGCAUUGUUACCCUCGCUGCAUGAUCAACGCAGAGCUGCUUUCACAAUAGAACACUUGAUCGAGGAACGUGCAGAUGUCGUCGAUAAAGAGAGUCGGGAAAUUCGCGAGAAACUUGAAGCCAUGCCAACUCUUCAACCCGUUAACGCCACCUCUACCACAUUGGCUCCAUGGAUGUUGAACGCUGAAGACAUCGCAAGCAUUAAACAACAAUACGAAGACAUGAUUAACGUUAUUCCAGACGCAAACCAUCCCGAAGCGAUUAAACUCAAAGAGGAAUUGAAAAAAGAAGGAAUGUCGAUUCCCUAUUUUUGUAAAACUAUGGCUGAAAUGCAGAAUAUGGUUGGCAAAUUCCACAGCUGCGUAUUGAAUAACGACAAAACGGGCACAGAUAUUCUGAAAGAUACUAUUAAACAGCCGAAUUUCAAGAAAUGCUGGAAUCUUUUCCAAGAAUGUGCUUUGAAUAUGUUACCAGGCGAUGAUAAAAUUAAGGACGCAUUACGCAAACAGAAUAACGCCAUUUUAUUCGAUACUAGUAAAAUUAAAGUUUAGAUUAGGGUAUAAAAUUUGUAUUGUUUGUAUUGACUUUUUUUUUUUUUU